AUGCUGAAGAAUCGAGCACCGGUAUGGGUUAACACGCGACGACAAGCGAGACAAGCACGAUGGAAUGCGGAUGCGCAUUUGAGGGCUCAUGAGCGAAGUGUACAAAUCGGCGAGCAGGCGAUCAUCCGCGUCGACACUUGUCAAUUGGCUGCCAAUCGACCGAUCGAGGAUUUUUACUCGGCUGCGAAAUGCACCUCUUCAUCCGCCUAUCUCUUUGGGGUUUUCGAUGGACACGGCGGAUCGUACUGCAGUCGAUAUGUGUCGACGAAGCUCUUUCCGUACAUAUCGGCGGCCGUUUUGCGGAAACAUGCUGAAAAAGAAGUGCCCUUGGAGAAACGCUGUGAAUGGCUUUUCUCGUCCGCCGAUCAACACAUACAUUUACCAACCCAAUUGCAGGGCGAACACCGGAACAACAUUCGACGAUUUCACAGUGAUUUCAUCGAGAAACACAACGAGUUGAGCACGGUGAGGAAAGCGGUUCAGGCGGCCUUCGUCGCCCUUGACGAUGACAUCUCGAAAGAGGCACUGCCGGAUAUGAAAGGACAAGUUGAUAGGUUGAGCGCCCUCACUGCGGCGUCGGGAUCGUGUGCGACGGUGGCUCACAUUCGAAAACGACACCUACAUGUGGCCAAUGUUGGCGAUGGGGCGGCUGUGCUGGGGGUCUCCUCAGCAAAUGGCGGCGUUUCGGCGCGUCAACUAGGUCUGGCACACUGUUGGGACAAUGCUGAAGAGGUGGCCGGCAUCCGCGCCAUGCAUCCCGUUUCCGAAUCGCAAACGAUUUUUCAAGGUGGUCGUCUCCUCGGUGAACUCUUCCCGUUGCGCGCUUUUGGCGAUGUUCGAUACAAAUGGCCGAGAGAGUUGCAAAAGGUAGUUUUGGAACCGCUCGGCUCGCCGGCGCCCACUCAUCUGCAGACGCCCCCCUAUUUGCGUGCCCUUCCCGAUGUUCUCUAUCACAAAUUGACCGUCAAUGAUCGAUUCUUGGUGAUCGCCACGGACGGUUUAUGGGAGUGGCUGGACGCGGAUACAGUGGUACGAUUGGUGCACGAUCACACGCUUGGUGCGAUGACUCUUCAGCCGUACAAACCGAGGAGUGGCACGAAUUUGGGACAGGUGAUGAGCGACUUGCGCGAACGUCGCCGAGGGGAUCACAAGAAACCGAUUGAUGACAAUUGUGCAACACAUUUGAUUCGACACGCGCUGGGUGGAGUGCUUGGUGGAACGAAAGAGCAAUAUCAACGGCUGAACGACAUUCUACAGGUUCCCCCGGGGAUGGCUCGUUCAUAUCGCGAUGAUAUCUCGGUGAUUGUCAUUCAUUUCGACGAGAACUACGUGUCACAACCGUGCGACGAACACGAGAUGAAU